AUGUCAACCCAUGGUGAUAGAGAAAAAUCAAGUAUAAAUAAUACAGAAAAUGGCGACAGUGACUAUGAUAUCGAACUCGAUGGUGAUGAAAAUACAAAACGGCCUAAGUUCGCCAAACUUCGUUUACCGAAGCAAACAGAACCUCCUCCACCUGUAUUUGUGAUAUCUCCAUCAAAACCACCCACCCGUCGAAGUCAGAAUCCAGUUCAUUAUUAUUCACCUGAAGAUGCACUGAAAGCUUCUUCUCCAGACAUUAUACUUGAGAUAUCAUCAAAUGAACAAACACCACAACUAUCGCCAACUACUUCAGCGGAAAGUUAUAGAGCAUUGAAUGAGAGAAGAGAUUCAGAGACGUCUUUACUGACAGCUGAUUUGACAGAAAUACCGCCGAGUCCGCCAUCAAAACCAGCGGUACCACCAUUAGAAGAGAAGGAACUUUUUCCUGAUCCGCCAAAGGAUGGUCCAAAACCCAAGCCUUUUUCAGCGUUAACAGCAUUAAUUGCAGAAAAAAAGAAUAAAUUGGACAAUCCAUUUGCUGAAUACUACAGCUUCUUUGCUGGAAAAGGGGAUCUCAACCCGAUAACACUAAAGAUUUACCUUCCGUUUAGCAGUGAAACUACACGUCCAUUAGUUAUAAGUGUAAAAAGGGAAGCCAGUGUUGAAGAAGUUAUAGGAUAUACGUUAUAUCAAUAUUGGGAUGAGAAGAGGGAACCUUUAUUAGAGAAAAGGUCAUGUAAUGUUUAUUAUUGGAAUAUGAGAAUGGUGGAGGAUGAUGGUGAAAUUGAUGAAGAUUUUCCUGUCAAACAAAAUGAGAACAAAUCGAGAGGAUCUAUCCAGGAUGUUUCUAAUCUCAAACCGAAAGGGCCCCCCGACCCACCGUCUGAAAAUAACAGCAUUAAUAACCAAAUAUUUUUGCGUGUUCGACUUACCCUUGAUCCACGUGAAGAGGUUGCACACACAACCACGGUAAAUGUUCAGGCUGAUAUGCCUUUUCGAAACGUUUUAGAAACGCUUUGCCAUAAACGCAAAUUGGAUAGCAACAAAUACACAUUAAAAAUUGCGGAUACAGAUAAAUAUAUAAAUAUGGAAAAGACCGUUGAAAGCGUUGGAAAUGCUAAAGAGCUUGCAUUAGUAGAGAAACCCACUAAUGGAGUACCUCCUCCUCCUGACGUAACGCCACCAAGCCCAACUGCGACUAAAGAUAAAUGUAUUAGCAGAAGAAAAACACUUAAUGAACCUCCUCAGCCGCUAUAUUUUUCCUCCAAUGAAUUUAUGUCAGUGUACAAGAAAUACACAGUCAAUCGUAAAAUACCAAUGUUUGUUGGACGUCACGAACGUGUAUUAGCGAUUGAUGGGGAUUAUAUUCAUAUAAUGCCAUCGGAAACAAGAACGAUGUUUGAAUCAGUCAAAACGUCAUCAUAUCAUAUCACAUCAGUGAUGUCUUGUAAAGUAAAUAAAAAGGCUCCAUCAAACUUCAAAUUGGUGAUAUAUCGGGAUUCCGGAACGAAGACAUAUGAUUUCGAAGCAGAGUCAACGAAGUUGGCUA